AUAUAUAUAUAUAUAUAUAUAUUGUGAAGAUCUAAACUUUUUCUAAGAGUUCAAAUUCAAAAAAUGAAUCUAACACAGGCAACCCAGUUCUCAGAUCCAUCCAAAGUGUACGACUUUGUCGUGAUCAAAGGGAAUGGAGUCAAGGGCUUGUCCGAAACCGGCAUCAAAUCGAUUCCUGAUGAAUACAUUCAGCCUUUCGAAGAGCAGCUCAUCAAAGAAUCCAUUCCCGUGAUCGAUAUGUCGGACCCGGACGAGAAAAAGAUCGGAGAAGCCGUGUCUGAUGCUGCCGAGAAGUGGGGUUUCUUUCAGGUGGUUAACCAUGGAGUUCCUUUAGAGGUUCUGGAGAAUGUGAAAACUGCAACGAGCAGAUUCUUCGGUUUGCCAGUUGAGGAGAAGAGGAAGUUCUUGAAGGAAUAUUCUCCCUCCAAGAACGUACGUCUCGUUACGAGCUUCAACCCACAAGCCGAUAAGGCUCUCGAGUGGAAAGAUUAUCUCAGUCUCUUCUUUGUCUCCGAAUCCGAGGCCUCGCAGUUUUGGCCUCAAGUCUGCAGACAUGAAGCACUGGAGUACAUGAACAAGUCCAAGAAUCUUGUCAGGAAGCUUCUAGAGAUGUUGCUGAAGAAACUCAACGUGAGAAAGCUCGACGAAGAGGAGAGAGAGUCACUAUUCAUGGGUUCAUUCCGAGUCAACCUUAACUAUUACCCGAUCUGUCCCGACCCGAGCCUCGCAGUCGGUGUCGGUCCCCACUCGGACGUUUCCUCGUUCACCAUCCUCUUACAAGACGAGACCGGCGGUCUACACGUACGGUCCCUCACGACAGGGAACUGGGUUCAUGUCCAACCUAUCAAAGGAUCUCUAGUGAUUAAUAUCGGAGACGCGAUGCAGAUAAUGAGCAACGGUCUGUACAAGAGCGUGGAGCAUCGUGUACUCGCCAAUGGAAGCAAGAACAGGAUCUCUGUCCCGAUUUUUGUGAACCCCAAACCGAGCUCAGUGAUCAGUCCUCUGCCUGAAAUGGUCGCCCGAGGACAGGAACCGCUGUACAAGAACGUUCUCUACUCCGAUUACGUGAAGCAUUUCUUCAAGAAAGCUCACGACGGGAAGAAAACACUCGAUUUUGCUAAGAUCUAAUAGUAACAAUAACUGUAAACUCACAGAACAUAUCAAUCUGUUGAAUGAUCAAAAUGUACAUGAUUCAACAAAAAUCCUGACCUGAUAGACGGAGAUAACGGUAGAUCGAAGAUGGAAGAAUCACUUUCUCUCUGAAUGAUUCGGUUUCAGUGUUCAUAUAAAUGCAGAUAACAUGGUACAGAAA